CAGGUUUAGUGCGAGAGAGACACGGUGCAGCGCAGGCCCGAGCCAGGCGCAGGAAUUCAGCGCAAAACUACGGAAAACAGGAGUAAAUGUACUUUGUCCACGCUUUUCAUCACCACGGAGUCCGCUGCCACUGAGUUUUUUUCAAGAAGAGGAGAGAAGGAAGCGAAGGAAGCAACAGGAGGAGGCGAGCGAGGAGGGAGGAGGCAGGAGGAGGAGGGAGAGUCGGAGUAAAGUUUGUCCAAGUUUGCACAUCCCUUCGGAAGGAAACGCCAUUUUGAUUGCUCUCCUCUCCGCCGCAGCCUCCUCUCCCGCUGCGGUUCUUCCUCGUCGGGGUUUGGUCCAUCUCUCCACUCGAGCAUCCUCCCGAAUCCGACCGGAGCCGGGGCUUCGGAGGGCUCUCCCCAGCCCACGGCCCUCCUCCUCCCGCUGCUGUUGCCGCUCCAUCCCCAUCAUCCCCCCUUCGCCACGAUGUCUCGGCGCAAGCAGCCCAACCCCAACAAAGUCAACCCCGUGUGAUAAACCCUGCCCUCUCCCAGCGUCACUAUAGCAACAGUGAUGGAGAACUGCGAGGAGCCGAGAGAGAUGAACCCAGAGGAGAGUCCAGCCCUGACAGACCUGAAACCAGAAGAGCCCCCCAACGAAAUUAUGAAUGGUUUGUCAAAUCCAGAAGAAUUAUCAAAUGGAGAAUCAGAGGAACCCAUGGAGACAGAACCAGAACCCGAGACCAGACCCGAGACCAGACCCGAGACCAGACCCGAGACCAGACCCGAGACCAGACCCGAGACCAGACCCGAGACCGGAGACUUGUCCUCCAUAAACGAGAUGAUGUCAGCGGUGAUGUCGUCAUCGGUGAUGUCAUCGUCGACCAUAAAUGGAGAAGGGGAGGAGCCCUGUGAGAGUGCGGCAUCUGCGAGUUCAGCCGGACCCUCGCCGAGUCCAUCCCCCACUAAAACCCCUACAUCUGCCAUGAGAGCGCCCCCUAGCAGGAACCAGAGACGCACACAGGACUCCAAAGACGACAAUGCGUUUGUGUGUCCGCUCUGUGACAAGAACUGCCAGACCCAACACCAGCUCACCAUGCACAUUCGACAGCACAACGCGGACACCGGGGCGUCGGACCACAGCUGCAGCAUCUGUGGGAAGUGUCUAAGCUCCGCCUCCAGUUUAGACCGCCACAUGUUGGUGCACAGCGGAGAGAGGCCGUACAAGUGCUCUGUGUGCGGGCAGACUUUUACCACCAACGGCAACAUGCACAGACAUAUGAAGAUCCAUGAGAAGGACCCUGCGAGUGGACUGGUACUGAUCAGUCCCCCCUCUCCCUCCCCUUCCAAAAGGAGACGCCCCAGUGUAAAGAAGAGGAUAGGAGAGGAGACAGAGGAGCCACCUAACAAGAAGACGGUGGAGGAGGCAUCUGUGGAACACUCUGUGACUCCCACUAAAAUAGUAGAAGAAGAGCUGCCCUGCCCGAUCUGCUUCAAAGUCCUGACGUCCAGAUUGGAGCUGGACGCGCACAUGGACACACACCCGGACACUGCGCUAAGGUGUGACUUGUGCUGUCUGACGUUCCGGACUCAUCGUGGCCUCUUGAGGCACAACGCAGCGGUGCACAAGCUCCUCCCACUGGACCCGAACGGCCGCCCCUUUAUCCAAAACAAUCCCUCGAUCCCUGCCGGCUUCAACGAGCUCGCCUUUAUCGAUUUCUCCUGCGCCAAGUUCAGUCUCAUUGCACAGGUGUGGUGUGAGACAAACCUGCGUCGCUGUAUCUCCAAGUUCCAUCGUUUCAUCUGUGACUCGUGCGACCGAGCAUUCCCUCUCUCCUCUGCUCUGGACCUACAUGACUGCUCCUCCCACAAACUCACCAGCGUCCAAUCAAGAUCAGAGGAACCCAAAACCUCCAAGAACCAAAAGGAGAACCACCAGAACCAGGAGCAGAUCAUAGACCAGGACCAGACCAUCGACAAGGACCAGACCAAGGACCAGAGCCAGGAGCAGGAGGGCUUUCUGGAAGCACUGGGGCUCAAACUAACAUCUAAGAUCCCCGUUGGCCCCUCGGAGUCAGACUUGGUACAGGCACGUCUUGACAGCAUAAAGACCAUUCCUGUAGACCCCUCCUCUGUCCACACGGAGGCGCUGUCUCUGGGGCUGGCUCUGGGCGUGCCGCUUUUUCAGACCGGCUUCCUGCUUCAGUCUGAGGGUGGGGCCACAGGCUCAGAGGCUCCGCCCCUUAUGGACCUCGCAGGUCUCCAGCACAUCCUGCAGGUGGCAGCAGCAACACCCAAUCAGAUCGCUCUGAGCCUGAAGGGCGGAGCCACAGGUGUAUCGUCACAGAAGCCACCUCUGAAGCCUCGCCCCCCUCCCGCCCCUCGCUGUGGUCUGGCCUCCACCCCUCCCCCUCCUCAGCCUGCAUCUCUGGGCUGUAUCAGUCCGUCUCUGCCUCCUCCUGCUCCUCUCUUUAAAUGUCUUUCUGCUCAGACUGACCCCCCCUCCCCCUCCCUGUCUCCCUCCCUAUCCCCCUCCUCUGUGUCCCCCCCUCACAGUACCUCCCUCUCCCCAGACGACUCUCUGAGCCGUAAAGCUCCGCCCACUGGGCCCUUCCCCUGUCGCUUCUGUGCACAGACGUUUCAGUACUCGGCUCUGCUGCAAUCUCACAUGCGCCAGCACCUCGGGGUGCUGCACCUUGGGGUGCUGCCUCAUCAGUGUAACAUCUGUGAGUACGUGGCUCCGGACAAAGCCACACUGAUCCGACACCUGCGCACACAUAGCGGCGAGCGGCCGUACGUGUGCCGCGUCUGUCACUACCCCUUUACCGUCAAAGCUAACUGUGAGCGCCACCUACGCAAGAAACACAACAAGUCCUCCCGAAAGGACAUCGAGAAGAACAUCAAAUAUGUGACAUCCACAGCAACCAACAACAUCACUGCUGCGCUCACGGCUGCCGCAGCCACUGUCGCCAAGGCCCAGGCCGAGGAGGCUGAGACACUGUGCCGCUUCUGUGGGGAGGAUUUAAAGUCGUACCGUGCGUUACAGAUCCACCUGCGCACGCACAAUGGCUGCCAGAGGAAGCCUUUUGAGUGCCGACGCUGUGGCGCAGCGUUUCUCGCCAAACGGAACUGUAUUCACCACCUGCUCAAGCAGCACCCCGAGGUGCAGGAGAGAGAAAUCGAGGAGCACAUCCAGACUCUGCCCCCGGCUAACCUCAGUGCUAAUGCUGCCGUUGCUAACAUCACUGUUAAUGCUAAUGCUAAUUCUAACAUCACCAACCAGAGCCGAGCAGUGAACGGUCUCCAGAGCGUGAAGUUGGAGGCGGGUUAUCCCUCAGAAUCAGACCAGCCCCUGGACUUUUCAGCCAAAGCGUCUCGCUCCACGGCCUGCGGCGUGAAGAUAGAGCUCUCUGAGGGAGGUGGGGCCAGCGAUGAGCCCAUUGACCUGUCUGUGCCGAGCAAACGCCAGCGCCGCGAGCCUGAUGUUAAACAGGAGAAGACUAUGGACGGCAGAGAGGACAAAAUGGCCACCAAUGUCCUGGCCUGCUUCCUGUCCUCCUCAGGCCCUGCCCCCUCCCCCUCAGGCCCUGCCCCUUCCCCUGCAGGCCCCGCCCCUUCCUGCCUGCGGGCAGCGCGUCUUAAGCCACUGCUGCCGAAGCCUUCAUCCACCUCCGCGUCCGAGCUGCCGCCACUUGCCUCCAUUGCUCAGAUCAUCAGCUCUGUUUCCACAGCGACCGACCUACUGCGGCGGGAAGCAGUUGGCACAGUAACGGCAGCACCAGGGGGUGUGGCUAAAGUAGCAAGUGCAGAGGUGAGGGCGGAGCCAGAAAGAGAGGCAACUCAAGAGGAUGAGGAUCCAGCCAGGAAGCGCCCUCGGAAGAAACCUGCCCCUAAAGGCCCCGCGGCACUCGACCUGGAGUCCAGCGGAGAAUUCGCCAGUGUCGAGAAAAUGUUAGCUACAACAGACGCUAACAAGUUUAGCCCCUAUCUGCAGAGCGCACAGAGCACCCAGGGGACACAGAGUGCCCAGAGCGGGGCAAAGAGAGAGGACACUGUAGUGUCAGAGCCUAAAGAAGAGCCCAAAGCUCCAAAAGGAAAAAAGAACGCCUACUCAAACUCUGCCCAGAAAAUGACCUGCCCUUUCUGCCCCCGCGUGUUCCCCUGGGCCUCCUCCCUCCAGAGACACAUGCUCACUCAUACAGGUCAGAAGCCGUUCCCGUGCCCAAAAUGCGAUGCCUUCUUCUCCACCAAGUCCAACUGUGAGCGCCACCUACUGCGCAAACAUGGAGUUACGAACCGUGCACUAAGGCGGAAUGGAGCCCUGGUGAAGAAGGAGGAGGAGGGCUCACAUGAGAGCGCAGAGUCUCAGUCUGAAGCGGAGCCGGUUCUUCCUGAAUCUGACCCAAAACCAGAUACAAACCCCACCCUCAACACCCCUCCUGUCCAACCAGAGCCUCAAGGGGAGGAGCCUGCUGCAGUAAACCCCGUGCACAACCCCAAUCAAGACGGAGCUUCGCCAGAGCAGGUCUCAGCCAAUCAGAGUGAGCCAUCAACACCACCACAGGAAGUGCUAGAGAGCAGAAGCACGGACAGACAGAACAGUGGCACAAAGAUGGAGAGCACUGAUGACGACGACAACCACAGCAACAAAAGUCUGGACCUAAACUUCGGACGUAAACUCAUCGAUUUUAAGCUCAGUGCUGCCCCCAGUGGCCCCUCGCAGAACGAACAACAGCCCCCUGCUAACUCCGCUAAUGGUGCUAACAAUGCUAACAGUGCUAACUCUGACACAGGCUCAUCUAAACUCGAGUUCAAACAUGUCUGCCGUGUCUGCCACAAGAGUUUCCGCUACAGCACAACUUUAACUCGCCAUGAGAAAGCACACACCAACGAAGAACAGGCGAGUGUGACUGAGGAAAGGCAGGUGGAGGAAAGGACAGAGGAGGAGGAGGAGGAGAGAGGAGAGGAGGAGGAGAAGAUGUCCGACAGCGCCUCAGAGGAGAGAGAGGAGGAGAGAGAGGAAAGGGGGGAGAGCGAGUUAGAGAGCGCUGACUCAGAGUUUGAGGAGAGAGAGAGAGGAGAGGGGCGGAGUGAUGACGAGAGCAGCUCAGAGCCGAAGAGUGAUGAGGGGCGGGGCCAGGGGCGGGGCCAGGGAGGAGCCAACAGUCGAAUUGACAAACGCAAAAAGAUCUGCAAUGUGUGUGGAAAAAAAUUCUGGAGUCUACAGGACCUGACCCGGCACAUGAGGUCACACACAGGAGAACGUCCAUAUCAGUGCUCCACCUGUGAAAGGACCUUUACUCUGAAGCACAGUCUGGUCCGACACCAGAGGAUUCACCUGAAGCCCAGAACCAGCGACGAGAUGGAGCCCAGUGAGGAACCCAGCGAGGAACCAGGAACCAAUCGGGAGAACCCCGAAGAACCCAACGAGGAACCCAAUGAGGAACCCAGAUCUGCUGAGGAAAUCAGUGAGGAGGGAAACUCAUGCACACCCCUGGCCACGUCCCCACAGUCAAUGUGCACGCCCCCAACCACAUACAUGCCCACAGAGAACGAAGGAGAAGCCAAGGAGGACGCAGAGGAAGAGACCGCAGACAGAGAGCAGGAUUCUGAGGAGAAAUCUGCUCCAGAAAUUAUGGAAAAAACAUCCGAAAAUGUUGAUAAAACUUUGGAAAACUCUGAAAAAAGUUUGGAAAAUGGAGCUGAUAUCCCAAACACAAAAGAAUCUGCUGAGGACAACACAGAGUCCCAGAAUGAGCAGAAAGAAGAAAACUGCCGUGGAGAAGUACCCACAGGAGCUCCAGAGUGUGCUCCAGAUACCGGGGGCAGCACAGCCGACGGUGCCCAGGCAGAGAGCUCUGAGGCUGGGCACGUUCAGCCAGAGGAGACCCCCCUUCUGGAGCCUUCAGAGGGGGGCCAUUGAACUCACUCACUACUCCUUUUAGAAUCUGAAAAAUGUUUAAGAUUCUAAAACGAAAUGGACCUAAAGAAAACCAAAGCCGAAUUAAACGAAAUCUGAGUUUGUGCAUUUAGCAGGUUAGAUUAGUCAUUUUAGAUUUUUGAAUUUACCAAACCAUAUUUCUGAUUUGAAAUAUGAAAUUUAACAUUGUUAUGCAAAAUGUAACCCCUUUUGCCUGUAAGACCUAUGAUUUAAACAAUGACAUGAGUCAAAGAAACGACCAAAUGAAAAACCACUUUGCACUUUUGCGUUUAUGUAAAAAAAAAAAGUGGUGCUAUUUUGACACUAACUUAAUGAAAUAUCCAAAACAAAAUUCAAAAUUGUCAGCGAGGUCUUUUUGGAACAACCAUAAGUAAAGCACUAUGGUAAAAAGUUGGUGUUUAUUUUCUGCUAAUGAAAUAAUACAUAUUAAUCACAAAACCUCUUCCUGUCAUUUUAAAGGGAGUAGUGACGGAGGUUUUCGGUGCCAAACUGAUCCAACGAACUCUGCGAAAAAGCGUCUCCGAUUUGACAUUUUGGACUCGUUUCUUGAAGUGCCUUAACUACUACAGCGAAGCAGCAUUUUUAUAGCUUUUAUCAUUAUUUUUGUGUCGGGAAUCUCAGAAUUUUCAGCAAUAAAUGAUUUAAAUAAUUCUUGUUCUAGAAUAUUUUUUUGGAGAAUUUUUGAUCAAUAUUUCAACAGAAACUUGGAGUAAUUCUAUUUAAAUCAACAGAGUGUUUCUUCACCAGCACAAGGACUUCUAUAACUGGAAAUCGCAGUGGAAAUGUCAGACUUUUGGGAUAUUUUGGUCGAGAACGCUGCUUUUUUUUGCUGGUUUUGGAAAUAAACUCGAACUUGAAAAAACUUUAAAAACGAACUCCAAAACAAACUGAAAAAUCUCUAUAAUUUUGUGGAUUUGUCCUUCUUUUUUUCCAAUCAUUCUGAGCUGAUUUUGUACAGGUUUGACGCUCGUAGAAUCUAUUUUAUUUUAAUUUUGUGUGAUAUUCUUGGUGGUGGAAAUGAUUUAGUUUAACCAAUUUUAAAGCGAACAAAUGCGUGUGCACAGAGCGUUUCUAAGUGUUCACUUCAAACCUAACCAUAACAUAUUUUAGUGUUUACCUCAGCUUUAAAAUCCUUCGUCUUCCUGCUCGAGGCUAAGCUAACAUGCUAGCCAUUUGCCAAGGAGCUAACAGCGCUAACAGAGCUAACAUUUGUAUUAAUCAUAUUUUUCUACUCAGUUCAAACUUAAGGGCUUUCCUCUUCUAUAUGAUGCCUUAUGAUGAAAAAGGUCUAAUUUCUGUAUUCACCAGCAAAAAGUGAAGUUUGGGUUUGUUAAAUCAUCAAAAAUCAUUAAAAUAAGUAUUAAUAUCAAUGAGACCGGGUUUAGUCCUGGUUCAGUUCUAAUAAAGGCCUGAUUUAGACGUAGUCCUAGUUCUGUCCCGGUUUAGACCUGCUUUAGGUUUGGACUGUGUUUAGUCCUGGUUUAGUCCUGGUUUAGUCCUGGUUCAGUCUUGGUUUAGACCUCAUUUUGACCCAUUUUGGUCCAUUUUAGAUUAAGAGCAGGUUUAGUCAUGACUUAAACCUGGUUUAGUUCUGGUUUAGUCCUGGUUUUACCAUAGGGCAGUAUUUAUUAUAAGGAUUUUGCCAUAUUAAACCUAAAGAUAAUUAAUUCCAGUUGAAAUGAGAGCUUCCAAAAUGUUUUUAAAAGUUUUGACAAUUUAACAAACCUUAAAUGAAACUUGCACACAUCUGUAUCUGUGUCUUUACAAACGGCCAAAUCCUCACAUGUCGCGUCUGCGUCGCGUCUGUGUCGCGUCUGCAUCCUCAGUAUUGAAGCACAUAAACCAGCUCAAUCCUUCUCUUUAUACUUCUACAUCAGUCUCAUUCUGUUUUACAUCAUUCUCAUUGUAUUUCUGUCUCUAACACAAAUUUUUUUUUUUUUUUUUUUGGCGUUUAUGACAAUCACAUUUUACAAACAUUAAACUUUAACCUUAGAGUGAAUCCAAGAGGGCUAAACUAAACUUGUAACUUUUCUAAACUAUCUGAAAUGCUUGGGGAGGAAAAGGGUUUAGUUUGUGCAAAAAAAUCACUUUGAUAUUUAUGUCAAAUAUUUUUAAACAUCAAAUGGUUUGAGGUUAAUUUAUAUAGAAAAUAAAAGUACUACUACUGCAACUUUACUGCUACUAAUUCUAAUACGACUAGGACGAUGACUACGACUGCUAUUAUUACUACUACUACUACUACUACUACACAAACCAUUUAAGGAAGAGCUUAUUUAGAACAACCUAAAGACAAAAUACUGUUAAAUUUGCAUUGAAUCUUUUAGCUUAAAUCUUUAAAGAGACACUGUGCAACAUUCCUCGCAGCUGUCUGACUCCAUGGAGAAUUGGAACGUUAAAGCCAUACUUCAGCUUUAGGUUUAAAGCUUAAUAAAUAUUCUAUAAAAUUUUAAAAAUGGUUUGAAACGGUUGAAAAUUUGUUUGUAAUUUCUUUAACAAACAUAUCUUAGUUUGAAAAUGUCUCCUGUGUUCAAAGUGUAUCAGAUAAAAUGUUCACAAACUCCUUUUUCCUCCUCUUUAAACCAGUACCGGUCCUCAUUAGCAUGUUAGUAUAUUAGCCGUUAGCAUAUUAGCCGUUAGCUUUAGUGUUCCUGGUUAAACUGUUUUUACUUAUAAUUUAUUGGUCUUGUGUUUGUGUGAAUCGUGAAAAGCCAUGUUUUACUGAUUUCUGAAGCUUUAAUUGGGUCGUGGUGCGUUUAAGUUCCUCUGUAAAAACUGUGAAUCGCAGCGUGUGCAGUUCAAGAGUGCGUUUAGAGUGUAGUUGUUAUUUUUUUGUUUUUGUUUUGUUUUUGCAUGUUUUUUUUUCCCUAAUUUCUUUAAUAAGUCUUUUUCCUCCUCGUAUAUCUAUGAUUUAAAUCUAUACUCGCUCUCAGGGUUCAGAAUCAUUGAUCAUAAACUACACAUGGAUUUAAGGUGGACUGUCACUACAUGAGCACUUGACUGUGAUUUAAGGUGGAUUUAAGGUGAUAUGGUUCAGAGCAUUAACGCAGGUCUCAAACUGAUUUAGAUUUUUCCUGAUUUGUUCCAGAAUUUUCCUGUCAGUGUUCCAGAUUGUUCUGUAUCUAUGACGGCAAUAAAAUCAUAUCAAGGAACAGA